GGCGCUGUGCCGCGCUUUGUCGCAACGGAGUUGCGUGGGAUCCGCCGUGGGAGGUAAUAUAUAUAUAUAGCAGGUAUCGUCAUCAUAAUCAGCAUCAUCAUUAGAAAUGGAAAAACAAGACAAAAACGACACGUCAGUAAAAUACUACAGACUGUCAGAAGUGCAACAGCGCAACACGUCGAAAAGCACGUGGCUCAUCAUCAACUAUAAAGUGUACGACGUGACCAAGUUUCUGGAGCAGCACCCGGGAGGUGAGGAGGUCUUGCGUGAGCAGGCGGGAGGCGAUGCCACGGAGACCUACGAGGACAUUGGCCAUUCCACUGAUGCGAAGAAAAUGGCGCAAAACUACAUUAUAGGAGAGCUGCACCCGGAGGAUCGGCCCAAAAUUGCAAAGCCUGCGAUGCCUCAGGGGAACCAUGAACCAGACAGCACAAGCUGGUGGUCUAGCUGGGUGAUCCCAGCUUUGGCCGCAGCCGUUGUAACAUUCAUGUACCGCAUGUACAUGUCGGAGGAAUGAGCUUGAAGACUUGGGAUGACGACUUGAAGACUUCCUGUACCAGCAUAGCCGCCAAAUAGUACUGAUUUUGUAUUGAUUUACUGUAGUAUCAUUGCUUACUGCACAUAUAUACAGGGACUGUAUAUAGUAUGCCAAAAUAAAUUCACGUUAUUCUUCACACCAUUGAACAACAUUCAAACAGUCCUCUUCUACCCGUCAUAGAAAGUUCCCGAUAAAGUCGUACUUAUAAUUGGUCAUAUUUUAAGAUUGUUUUAUUUUCUUUUGAUUUGUGCGUAUGAAAUCGCAGCUGUAGGCUUGUGAAUGAACCAUUCCUUAAAGUCAUGUAUGCAAAAGUUUUUUUUUUUUUUUUUCCCCUUUUAAAUCUUUAUAUCUCAGGACCACGGAAGCUGGGCAGAUUUCCACAAUGAAUGUUCAUUCUGAAGGCAGAAUAUAAAUAUGGUGCACCUACAAAUAAACUUAAAACACUAAACUGGUAACUUCAAUUAAAGCUACUCUCUCACAGGAGGUCCUUUAUGGGCCCUUGAUCCUCCGGCAAGUAAUAAAACCAGUCACAUUGUGUCUGUUUUAUGUGCAGCACUUGUGUAACUCACCAGCCGAUUUGAUCCAAACUGAUGGAUAAAUAUCGAUGAUGGUGAUUAUGAUAAUGCCUCCAGUCAUAGGUGUGACCUGUGCAUAUAUCUAUUAAAAAAAACAUUUUAAGAUGUCUUUUUGGUGUCAUAAGGUAUUCGACCUAGAGCUCUGAACAAGAUUCCUUAAGCAAGGGGUGCGAAAAGAAAGCUGUGUUUGCGGGGGCUGAUGUGACUGACUCAGAAUGUACGUGUUUUUGUUUUGUUUGUCCAGAGACCAAGAAUAGUUAUCUUCUAUUGUUGCAUUCGAUUAUACACUGUGAUUUUGUUUCAUUGAUUGGGUGCAAUAAAAUAUACUGUCCAUAAUAA